GUCAAUAUUUCUCAGUAAUUAAAAGCAACUCAUACUCACUUUUUGUGAGUAAUAUAAUAAUUCCACAAAGUUAUGUGCUAUAUGUUAUUAUAAAUUAAAAAAAAACUAAAACUACAUUACAUAUAAUAUACAUAUAUGUAUAUAAAUAAAAAAAAUAAUAACAUCAAGUGUCAAAAUCAAACGCCAUUAGUUUCUCCAUUUUUUUGUUAGAGUUUAUUUUUCAAAAUAGUUUCUACCAUGAAUACUUAUGACAAUAGAGGUGGGGGUAGAGAAGGUGCAGGUGUUUCUGGUAAUGCCUUUGAUCGUUGGGUUCAACGAUCAUCAUCAGAUAUGACCGAUGAUUCAGCAAUAAUAAAAAUGCAACAUCAAUACUGGGUUACUAAACAAACAUUGUCAAGAAAGCUUGGUAAAAAAGAAGAUGAAUGUAUUGUUGCAUCAGAUGCUGAACUUGAUGCUAAAUUACAACUUUUUAAAAGUAUACAGGAAUCAUGUUCACAUUUAUUGCGUGUUAUUGACAAAUAUCAAGAAAGAUUGUGUAUUUUAGCACAGGAGGAAAAUACUAUGGGACGUUUUUUAAAAGAUGCUGGAAAACAAGAUAAAACUAGAGCUGGUAAAAUGAUGUCAGCAGUUGGUAAAUCAUUGUCUUAUUCAGGUCAACAGCGUUUAACUUUACGUGGACCUUUAAUACGUUUAUAUCAAGAAGUUGAAACUUUUCGAAAUCGAGCGGUUGAAGAUACUUAUGAAACAGUACAAUCAAUGGAAAAAGCACGUACUGAAUAUCGAGCUGCAUUAUCUUGGAUGAAAAAUAUAUCACAAGAAUUGGAUCCUGAUACUUCAAAACAACUUGAACGAUUUAGAAAAGUUCAAACACGUGUAAGACGUGGUAAAACAUUAUUUGAUAAUCAAGCACUUGAUUGUUUACAAAAAGUUGAUCUUCUUGCAGCAGCAAGAUGUAAUAUGUUUAGUCAUGCUCUUGUUUUAUAUCAAACAACACUAUUUAAUUUUACUCAAAAAUCCGCCCAAGCUUAUUCAACAAUAGCCAAUAGUUUUAAAGGAUACCAACAUUAUGAUUUUAUGGUAGUUAAAGAACUUGCUGAAACAUCAUCUAAAUUAGCUAGAGAAACUACUGCUGCUGCUGCUGCUGCUGUUACUGCUAAUGAUGUUGAUGAUGCUGACACUGCUGCUGAAGCAAAUGAUUAUUCAUCUUCUAAUUACAACAAUAAAAAUAAUUAUCAUGAUAACGAUAAAUUAUUAUUUUUUGAUACAGAUGAUGUUUCUGUUGAAAAAGCUCAACAAGCUAUACAAAUUGAUGAUACUACUGAUGAAAAAAAUAAUAAAUAUAUUACAACAACAACAACAACAACAACAGCAUAUAAUAAUCAAUUAGAUGAUAUAUUAUUGGAUAUUGGCGAAAAUAAUAAAAAUGUUUCUGACAUUAGUCCAGCUGCUACUCCUCAUGAUAAUGUUGAUAAUGAUAAAGAACUUGAAGAAUUUUUUGGUAUUAUACCAAGUUAUAAAAUUAAACAUCACAAUGCACAACAUGUGAAGGAAUUAGAAAAAAGUCUUGCUGAAUUAGAUUUAAAAAUGGAUUCAUUUACGGGAGAUAAUGUUAAUUUUGAUUUUGAUUUUGAUAAUGCAACAUCUUUUACACCAUCAUCUUCAACAGUAGCAACAAUAUCGAAAGAUCAAGCACAACAAAACUCUUUACAAUCUCUUACUUCUGAAAAUAUUGCAUUGCUAGAUGAAAUUCUUGAUAGUGGAACAAAAGUCAAUUCUGAAUGGGAUACACUUAUUAAUGAUUCAUUUUUACCACCAGGAAUUUUAAAACAAAGUCUUGGAGAUGCUGUGAAGGGAAAAAAUUUAUUUAAAUCAACUAGUGAUGAGAAUAAGAAGAAAAAAGGAAAACAAAAAGGCAAUUCAUGGUUAGAUUUAUUUGCUGAAUUAGAUCCAUUGGCAAAUAAUUCUAUCGAAAGUUUGCCACGAUCUAUAGACAAAAAUGCUCCACCAGUAUAAAUUACAUCAUCUGGAAAUUGAGAAAAAUAAAUUGUAUGACUAGUCUUUUAAACAUUCCAGUAGUAUAACGAUGAUGUUUGCUGAAUGUUUUAUACCAAAGAUUUCAAAAUAAUAAUAAUAAUAAUAAUAAUAAUAAUAAUAAUAAUAAUAAUAAUAAUAAUAAUAAUAAUCAUGAACAAAAUUAUAUAUAUAUAACAAUAAUAAACUUUAUGGUGUGAAUUUAC